CCGCCGGCCGCGCAGCCAUCCACCCCCGGGCCCGGCCCGCUGCCCCCCGUGUCUCGUCCCCUGCCGUGCGUCUCCAGGCCCCGGCUGGCCCGGCGGCCCCCACAGCUGGCUUGGUGGGGCGAGGCUGAAGGCCGGGCCCAGCGAGCACUAUGGCGGCCGCCCUGGGAGCGGGCGGAGGAACCGGCGCUGGAGAUGAUGACUUUGACCAGUUUGAUAAGCCUGGUGCAGAGCGGUCCUGGAGGAGAAGAGCUGCAGACGAGGACUGGGACAGUGAACUUGAAGAUGACUUACUUGGAGAAGAUUUGCUCUCUGGCAAAAAGAAUCAGUCAGAUUUGUCAGAUGAGGAGCUAAAUGAUGAUCUUCUGCAGAGUGAUAACGAAGACGAAGAAAAUUUCAGUUCUCAGGGUGUCACAAUUAGUCUGAAUACCACAUCUGGCAUGGUCACAUCGUUUGAACUGUCUGACAACACUAAUGACCAGUCUGGAGAACAGGAAUCCGAGUAUGAACAAGGAGAGGAUGAACUCGUUUAUCACAAGUCUGAUGGAUCUGAACUGUAUGCUCCUGAGUACCAGGAAGAAGGACAGUAUGAAGGCCACGGUGCUGAGCUGGCAGAAGACCACAUCGAGUACGCGGGGGAGCCGGAGGAGGAGCCGCUGUACAGCGACGAGGUGUUAGACAUCGAGAUCAACGAGCCUUUAGAUGAGUUCACAGAUGAAGAAUACUUGCAGGCUUGUGGGCAACAAGGGAUGAAAGAGCAGGAAGACUGUGUUGCUGAAGAGGAAUUAGAUGAGAUUACUGAUUCCCAGGUUGCUCCUGAAACUGAAGAGGGAGGCAUGGAAACUUUGGAGCUGCAGAAGGACAUGAAAGAGGAGUCAGAUGAAGAAGAGGAUGAUGAUGAAGAAUCUGGACGAUUACGUUUCAAAACUGAAAGGAAAGAAGGAACAAUUAUUAGGCUCUCAGAUGUAACUAGAGAGAGAAGGAACAUUCCAGAAACUUUGGAGCUUUCAGCAGAAGCCAAAGCUGCGUUGCUUGAAUUCGAAGAAAGGGAGCGACAGCAUAAACAGGGCCGCUACGGCUCGAGGCGGGGAGGAAGGAGAGGAGGUUCGUCCAUGUGUCGUGGAGUGGGAGACCAGAGGAGAGAGAACAGUGAGAGGGGAAGAGCCAAGGAUCACAGGCCCGCCCUGCUGCCCACACAGCCACCUGUGGUGGCGCACUCUCCGAGGUUAAUUCCUCCUCCACAGCCUCAGCCUCCCCCUCCGCCACCACCGCCGCCGCCUCAGCAGCAGCCGAUCAGAAGUCUGUUCCAGCAGCAGCAGCUCCAGCCUCUGCUUCCCCUGCAGCAUCCCCACCAUCCCUCCCCUCCUCAAGGGAUGCACCUGCCGCCCCAGAUUGAGGCCCCGAGGGCGAUGAUGACCCCUCCUCCUGUGACUCCACAGCAGCCCAAGAACAUACACAUAAAUCCCCACUUCAAGGGGGCAGUGGUGACGCCCGUUCAAGUGCCCUUGCUGCCAGUCCCAAGCCAGCCGAGACCUGCUGUGGGACCCCAGAGAUUCCCGGGCCCUCCAGAGUUCCCACAGCACACACCUGGACCUGUUCCCAACAGCUUCAGCCAGCCCCCGCGGCUUCCUCUUCAGGACCAGUGGAGGGCCCCGCCGCCUCCCCAGGAGCGAGACCCUUUCUUCUUAGGAGGUGAACCAAGGUUCCCGAGCCAUCUCUUUCUGGAACAGCGAAGUCCCCCUCCCCCGCCACCUCCUCCCACGCUUCUUAGCAGUGGUCACCCUGUGCCCACUCCCAGCCCCUUACCAUUCACCCAGCCUGGACCAGCGUUUAAUCAGCAAGGACAGCAGCCUGUGUUCCCCAGAGAGAGGCCCGUGAGGCCAGCCCUCCAGCCGCCAGGGCCGGUGGGGAUUCUGCACUUCAGCCAGCCAGGGUCCGCAGCAGCACGGCCGUUCAUCCCUCCUCGACAGCCCUUCCUGCCCGGCCCUGGACAGCCCUUCCUGCCCGCCCACACACAGCCUAACCUUCAGGGGCCCCUGCACCCUCCUCUGCCCCCUCCCCCGCAGCCCCAGCAGCAGCCCCCGCUCCCGCCCCCGCUCCAGCCACCUUCGCAGCACCAGCCGCCACCUCCGCCGCCGCCGCCGCACCCGCACCCGCACCAGCACCACCACCUCUCUGUUCCUCCCCCGCCCCUGAUGCCCGCGGCUCAGCCCCAGUUCAGGCCUCACAUGCAGACGGGGCCGCCUCAGCCAAGCAGCAGUCGGACGCAGUGCCCCCAGCGCCAGGGGCUAAGGCAUAACACAACUUCUCAGAAUGUAACCAAACGACCAAUGCAGCAAAUGCAGCCAACUGCUCCAAGAAACAGUAAUUUGCGUGAAUUACCAAUAGCACCAUCACAUGUUAUAGAAGUGAGUAACAGUCGCUGCUCCUCCGCACCAGCCGGGGCUCAAGUAAAGCCUAUUAUCAGCACGUCACCGCCCACGAGGCCCGGGGUGGGGCCCAGGACUGCGCAGGGGAAGGCUGAUGUGAAAGUCAAGCCAGUUAGCCCUGUGGGCCGGCCUAAAGAGGAAGCAAAAACAGAACCAGAGUUUCCCGAUGAAGAUGAAGAAACGAGGUUAUACCGCUUAAAGAUAGAAGAACAGAAGCGCCUCCGAGAAGAAAUCCUGAAGCAGAAGGAGCUGCGGCGGCAGCAGCAGGCCGGCGCGAGGAAGAAGGAGCUGCUCGAGAGGCUGGCGCAGCAGCAGCAGCAGCUCUGCCCCCCACCGGCCCUGGCUGGGCAGGAAGAGCAGCUGUCGGCACCGUCGCCCACCAAUGGUAACCCACUGUUACCCUUCCCGGGGGCACAGGUCAGACCGCAUGUGAAAAACAGACUUCUCGUGAAAAACCAAGAUGCCACUGUUUCAAAUGUUCCACCCAAAACAUCCAAUUUUGUGCCAUCUGGUGCUAACACGCAGUAUCAAGGACAGCAGAUGAAACCACUGAAACAUUUGAGACAGGCCAGAACCAUACCUCAGUGUCCAGCUCAGCACAAAGUCCUGCAGGUAAAGCCUGCAGACGGGGAGGGACCGCCACCCCCUUCGCAGACUGCUCGAGCCGCGUCCCUCCAGGGCCGGCCCCCGGAGGCCAAGCCUGGCGCGAAAAGGACUGUCAUGCACCGGGCCAACAGCGGUGGCGGAGACGGGCCGCACGUCAGCUCCAAGGUCAGGGUGAUUAAGUUGUCAGGCGGGCAGGGAGGAGAGAGCGAUGGCUUUUUUCACCUGGAGGGCCAGCCUCAGCGGCUCCCUCAGCCCCCAGAAGUGAGACAGCAGCCUGCCCGCAAGGUGACGCUGACCAAGGGGGCGCUUCAGCAGCCCCAGCACCCUCCGGUGGGGGCCCACGUGCACUCAGCCGGCCCUCCAGGCAUCAAGAGCAUCCAAGGAAUUCACCCGGCCAAGAAGGUCAUCAUGCACGGGAGAGGCCGGGGAAUGGCAGGUGCGAUGGGCCGGGGCCGCCUGAUGCCGAACAAGCAGAAUCUCCGGGUGGUGGAGUGCAAGCCUCAGCCCUGCGUCGUGUCUGUUGAAGGGCUUUCUUCCUCCACUACUGACGCCCAACUGAAGAGCCUGCUGAUGUCAGUAGGACCCAUUCAGAGUUUACAGAUGCUUCCCCAGCAGCGGAAAGCCAUAGCCAAGUUCAAGGAACCCGCCCAUGCAUUAGCGUUUCAGCAGAAGUUCCACAGGCAUAUGAUAGAUUUGUCCCACAUAAAUGUGGCCCUGAUUGUUGAGUGAUUUCUGGCAGGAGAGCCUGACCGUAACGCUGCACACGCGCUGUGGAAUUUCUUCCCGGGAGCUGCUGCACAGAGCCCCGCGAGCUUAGGUCUCUCCGUCCGCAGCCCUGCGUGGCUGUUGUCCGGAGCGCCCAGCGGCCCAGCACUGAUUCCAGAAGAGCUGACCUUAUGGGACGCGGCAGACUCGACUCGGUGUUAGAUCGCUUCACAUUCUCUUGUCACCACAAAGAACUACAGGUUUCGCUUUCUCAUGUUUUCAAAGUGCUUACAAUGCAUGUAGACAUCGUUCUUCGUGAUCUUAUGUAUGAUCGAUUACAGCGACUUAGAGUGAGUAAAGACAUUAACGUCACAAAUUCUCAGUAGUUUUCACAGCAAAGAAUAUUUGAUAAUGGUUGCACUUAUCUUCAGUGCAGGCUAGAUGAGCGUUUUCUCAACCAGCUUCACUUGUUUUACCGUCUCAGAAAGCCCUCAAAAGGCUCUUGUAAAAACGUAGGUUAAAAUUCGGGUGAUUAUGAUUGGCAGUUGCAUAUCCUGGAAAGCAGGGUAUGAGGGUGGUUGGGAGUGGUGCCAAUUGUGUGGCCGAUUCUGCUUCUUGUAAAUACUCCAAAAGCGCCAACUGUAUAGUCCUAGUUCCAAAGGGAGCGCCCCCUUUUAUACUCGUUCUGAAUGCGGCGGAAGUGCUGCUGGGCGUCGUCACACGCCCCCAGGCUGAGCGCAGGUGUCCGGAUGCCCUCACCUCCAGCCCUCGCUGGGCUCCCUGCUAGGCGAGCAUAGCAUAUCUGCCAGGUGAGGAGGGUAGGACAGCCUGAAGCUUUCGCAGGCCUGUUUGGUUUUUUCCUCUUUUUAAGUGCAGCUCCAAGUGGCAUAUUCAUGUCACCGGCUCUGUGACGCAUAUAGAACAUUCUUGGGCAAUCUGUGAUUAAGAUUUUCUUUUUUGAAGGCCUUUUGAGCAGGGGCUGCGCUGUCCUUCAGUGGACCCGAGAGCGAGGGGACGUUUGCGCUGGCUUGUCGUUCUCCGUGGCGUGUGGCGCAGUGUGUCUCUGGGAUGCUGGGUAGGCUCCUUCAGGUGAGAGACGCUUCCUCCCCUUAAAGUCAUCUGUAGUAAAAUUCAUUCUGGGCAAACGUGGAAAAAAGUGCCUUAUUGUAUUUCUGCUCAUGAAGGAGUUUCACUAUUUUGGAUUGAUUCUAAUGUGGACCUGAACUAGUUGAGCAAAUGAUACCGGGGCAUACUCAGACUUUUUAGCUAUAUUUUAUACCUAAGAUUUCCUGUGAGAUUUAUUGAUGGAAUUAAGGGAAAUAGAAGCCUGUUACCACCGGUUAACGCGUCUGGUUAGCCCAGCGAGGACCAGAUGUGAGCAGGCAGCCCCCCCUGCAGCAAGGCGUCCCUCCUUCUCAGCCUUCUCUUGGGAGCUAAGACACAGGUCAUGUGAAGUUGUAUCUUCUUAUUUUCACAGUUGAAAUUUUGUAUUACUUUUUCAAAUUAAGUUACCAGAACCAGAGAAGAGCAUUUCAGACCCUGUGAGACUUCCUGUAGCAUUGAUUCCACUGUGGUACCGUGUGCUAGGAGUGAGUCUGGAAUGUGAAGGUGGGUGUUGAUGGCUGCUCUUCAGAAGAUUUCGGUUCCGGGAAACUAUAGGCACUCACAGAACACGCUAGAACACCCCCUCGCCCCCCUGGGCUGAGGUGCCUGGCCACCCGUGCUCCAGAAAGCCCCUGCCUAACCCUGGGGGGGGGGGUGUGCGCCAG